CAGAGCUUCCACUUCCUGCCCCAACACUUCUGUUCAGGAAGAGGUAAAAAUGGCGACGCUUCUGGGGUCCGAGUCCCCCUGUACUGGAGGAAAACGAAGACAUUGCCGCAGCAAUAUCGUCAAAAAGUUCACGGCCAGUAAAAUCACCGGCCAGGGUUUCAGCCAAGGGACACAGCUCCCAGUAGGUUUGCUCCAGGAGAGAGAUAAACGGGCCAAGUGGAAUGGCAUCCCUACUGUGCUGCAGAAGCUCUACGAGAGCAGCAAUCCCAACAGUGACCUCUCCCAUGCCCACAGCUUUCUUAAGGUAUUAUCAUCUCAGCUCUCCGUGGAGGCCAUGUCUUUUGUCACAGAGGACAGGAAGACCGCUCAGGAAUCCACCUUCCCCAACACGCACACCUUUGACCUCUUUGGUGGAGUCGAUCUGCUCGUGGAGAUCUUGAUGAGACCCACACUAACUAUGCAGAAGAAAAAACCCAAAAUGAAUGAUGACCUGGUUAAGGACUGCCUUAGUGUUCUCUACAACUGUUGUAUAUGUACGGAGGGGGUGACAAAGUGUCUGGCAGCAAGGGACGACUUUGUUCUGUUUCUCUUCACCCUGAUGACAAACAAGAAGACCUUCCUACAGACUGCUACCCUUAUUGAAGAUAUCCUAGGGGUCAAAAAGGAGAUGAUCCAGUUGGAAGGGAUCCCCAACCUAUCAGGCCUGGUCCAAAGCUUUGACCAGCAACAGCUUGCCAACUUCUGCCGCAUCUUGUCUGUCACCAUCUCAGAACCUGAUGUAGGAAAUGAUGACAAGCACACCCUGCUGGCUAAAAACGCUCAGCAGAAACGCAACGCCAUCCCCUCACGGGCAGAGGUCAAUCAGGUAACCCUGCUGAACAUCCCUGGGUUCAUCGAGCGGCUGUGUAAGCUCGCCACUAGAAAGGUGUCUGAGGCCACAGGCGCCAACUUCCUGCAGGAGCUGGAGGACUGGUACACAUGGCUAGACAAUGCUCUGGUGCUGGACGCCCUUAUGCAGAUGGCCACUGAGGAGGCGGAACAAAGCAGUACAGAAUCAUCAGAUGAGAGUUCUCUGGCCACAAGCCCCCUGAGGCAUCGACUGCCUCAGUCCAUGAAGACUGUCCAUGAGAUCAUGUAUAAAGUGGAAGUGAUGUAUGUACUGUGUGUCCUUCUCAUGGGCCGACAGAGGAACCAGGUCCACAAGAUGCUGGCCGAGUUCCGUCUCAUCCCAGGUCUCAAUAACCUGUUUGACAAGCUGAUCUGGAGGAAAUACACUGCUUCAAAUCAUGUGGUGCACGGCCAGAAUGAGAACUGCGAUUGUAGUCCAGAAAUCUCCUUUAAAAUCCAGUUUUUGCGGCUACUCCAGAGUUUCAGUGAUCACCAUGAGAAUAAGUACCUCUUGCUGAAUAGCCAGGAGCUGAAUGAACUGAGUGCCAUUUCCAUGAAGGCUAACAUCCCUGAGGUGGAAGCUCUGGUCAACACAGACAGAAGCCUAGUGUGUGAUGGGAAGAAGGGCCUCCUCACGCGUCUCCUCGCUGUCAUGAAGAGGGAGCCUCCAGACUCGUCCUUCAGAUUCUGGCAGGCAAGAGCAGUGGAAAGUUUUCUUAGAGGAGCCACCUCCUAUGCAGACCAAAUGUUCCUCCUGAAAAGGGGACUGCUCGAGCACAUCCUGUUCUGCAUCAUCGAUAGCGGCUGUACAUCUCGAGAUGUCCUACAGAGCUACUUUGAUCUGCUGGGCGAGCUCAUGAAGUUCAACAUUGAUGCCUUCAAAAGAUUCAACAAAUAUGUCAACACUCCUGAAAAGUUUCAGACCUUCCUGACGCAGAUCAACAGCUCUCUAGUGGACUCCAACAUGCUAGUGCGUUGCAUUGUCCUUUCGUUGGACCGCUUCGAGAGCCAGACUGAAGAUGUCAAAGUGGUGGAGGUUCUGUCUGAGUGCUGCCUGCUGUCCUACAUGGCCAAAGUCGAGAACAGACUUUCCUUCCUCUUCAGACUGAUCAACAUCAUCAACGUGCAGACUCUCACACAGGAGAAUGUGAGCUGUUUAAACACCAGCCUUGUGAUCUUGAUGUUGGCCAGAAGAAAGGCUAAACUGCCCUUCUACCUCAACGCCUUGCGGGAGAAGGAGUAUGCAGAAAAGUACCCGGGCUGCCUGCUCAACAACUUCCACAACCUACUGCGCUUCUGGCAGCGCCACUACCUCAACAAGGACAAAGAUAGCACCUGUCUGGAGAAUAGCUCCUGUAUCCCCUUCAGCUACUGGAAGGAGACGGUGUCAGUGCUGCUGGGCUCAGACAGGACUUCUCUUUGUGCCAUAUCGAGCUACAUUGAUGAGCCUUUCAUGGAUCUGGACAGAGACCUGCUGGAAGAUUGACCUCCAGCAAGUGCACUCUGGGCUGGGGGGGUGGGACAGGGCAGAGGGUCACAGGGAGCAUGGACACCUAGAGCUGGUGAUGACUCCACUGGGCUGAGCCAUCCAGACGCUUCGUGACAGUGCUUCUGGAUGUAAAGACUCACCUGUUUGCUUUCUGUACCUACGCAUGGAGGCUGUCAUCGCAGAGGGGAGGGGGAUGUGAAUUCUCACUGAGUUACCGCUCUUCUUCAGAGGAAGCCUGUAUGCCCGUCCCAGAAACACAGAACAGACUAUUGGGGGAACUUGGGAUAUGACACCUGCGUUGGUUGUUUGCUUUAGGUGAAAUUCAAAUAGAGCCUUUUAUAUAACCUAUACAAAAUUCUAUGAAAAAAAUAUGUAUGAUUCAACAAAUUUAUGUUAGAAAAGAAAAAAAAAGAUUCCUUUUACAUGGACUUGGUUUGGAAAUGUCCACAGAUGAACUGUCAGCCAGAUGUGCAGUGACACGUCGCAGGGAGUCUGCUGUCUCAGUCGCCCACUACCUACACGCUCUCUGUCGACUCAGUGCCACUCCACUGCCUGACCUGUGGGGGCAUUAGUGAAAUUUGACUUUCUUGCAGGGGUCUUGAUGAUGAACAGCAUUUCCUUUUAACCCGUCUGUGGGUGUAUUUUAUUAGGUGGCUAUUGUUGAUUGGUGCUUUCUGGCUCUACUCAGAACAUUUAAGUAGCUCGUGGGUCGGCUGACAUGUCAUGUCUCACAGAUCACACACACGGGGCUCCUUUCACCUAAAAACCAUCCACUCUGCUGUGGCUUCAGAAGCUUCACACAGCAACUCGUCUCUUUUCCAGGUUCUUUUUGCUGAUCUAUUUUUGUCUUGUUGAAAACAAUGGCUUUUAGCUCUGGAUAAAAUGUAGAAUAAAACAUUGCACAGAUUAAAAUUGCUUUUAUUGUUUAUUAUAGUUUAACACAUUUGUUGAAUAAAUCACCGUCAUUUUGUACAGAAUUUGUAUCCAUGCUGUGGGCGAUGCUUUGGGAAAGAGAAUAAACUAUGCAGGUGCUAGUGUUAAGAUACCACUUUAAUUGCUCCAGACACUGUUUUAUGUGAAUCAGCCUUCAGCCCAACAUCCUCAUCAUUGGACUCCGUCAGAUUUUUCUUAAUCUCAGAGAAUGACAAUCUUUCUGUGUGAUUGCUCUUAUAGCUUGGUGCCACCACUCGAUCUUUACUCUGGAUUGAGAAGAAGCGGAGAGCUCGGCUGUGUUGACGUGUCCAUGGCAUGAAUGUGCAGUUGCAGAGCUGAACAGACAGUUGGCGUCUUAAAUUGAACACCCACGAUAAGUACAAAAUGAAUGAGCUACCUCAUAUUUUCUCCUGAAACCGUACAGAUCUAACCACGUCUAAUGAGAAGUGUACAGUCAUGAUUCAUGUGAAUGUAUAACGGGAUGCAAACACAUGUCCUUUUACACAUCCGAAGCCUUUUUCUUUUGCUUUAAAGCUGAUAACCAGAAAUGUUUCCUUGCUCUCUAGCUUUCAUUCAGCAUGUUUUAAAAGAAAUCUCUCCGAGUAUGCACAUGCUUAAACAGCUCAUCUUUUGCAGCAAUGUUGAUGCAAGAAACUUCUCAUUUAUCUCUUGCUGAGAUAAAUGCUUUGUGUAACAUGAUACUGCAGUGGUGUUAACAACCUGAGUACUGAUCAUGUUUUGUCAUGGAUGUAAACCCCUGGUAUCGCUCCUGUCAUCCACCGUAGAAGUCGAUGAAAAACACGAAUGUUGUGAGCUACUGCAUUGACACUCCCUGACUGUUGUAGCUUUGUGCUGCGGCGGUGUGAGAGAGUAAGCCCUCUGUAUGAGCCUGAGAGAACUGCUUCUCCACAGUUCUGCCAUAUGUGGUGUGAAGCUCCGAGUAGGCCUUAGAUUUCAAACAUUAUUUUGUGUAGGAAAUGGUGAAAUCUUUUCAAGAAGAUGCUGCGUACUAUUUGACUUUACCACUUUAAUUUGAGGUCUCACAUGUAUUGACUUUAUGAACUAGUUUUAUAUCAUGUUUGGCCUGGUGAGGACAUUAUUAGACACGUGUUGCAGCCACUUCUAAACUGGCAGUUAAAACUCGGACCAUAUGGUGCUUUUUGAUCAAAUAUUGUAUCUCAACACACAAGGCUCAAAAGCAUCUGGAUUUGUUUGUUGAAAAGGACAACGAUUAACAGUGGAUAAUUCAUGGUGUAAAAUCUAAACCAUGAAAGCAGAAAAUCUCUCCUGGUUGUGUUAAAUAAUCCCGUCUGCACCUGUCUGACUAAUCAAACAAAGAAGAAAAGAUUCACGUUUCAGUUUGACAUUCAACUAUAACCACUACUGUAACAGGCUCUAACCCUUCACCUUCCUCCUCUAAUGCUGGUGUUGAACUUCAUUUUCCUUAUUUAACAACUGUUUGUCAAAUUAAUAAUAUAAUAAAUUCUUCUUUAGA